UUUCCUUCCCUGGUCUUUGCUUCUCUUAUCUGGGAGAAUUUUUUUUCCCCCAAGCGAAGCAUGAACAGUGGUUAAGUGGAAAAUGGAGGCUGAAUUUUACAUGGCGAUUCUUACCUGCUUGAUCUUCGGGAACUCAGAGGGGUUUCAGAUUGUCCAUAUCCAGAAACAACAGUGCCUUUUCGAAAAUAAUAUAGUGUUCGUGGGCUUGUGCAAUGGGACCAACCAAAACCAGCAGUGGAUGUGGACUGAGAAUGGAAAGCUCCUUCAUAUAAAAUCUGUGCUGUGCCUGGGUAUCUCCAAUUCUUCUGGUGGUCCUUCCCGAUCAGCCAUCUUUGUCCACUGCUCCCAGGCACCCCAUUGGACUUGCUAUGAGAAGGAAGGGUUCCUUGAGGUGGAAAAUACCUCUCUCUUUCUCAAGAAACAAGGCAACAAGGCAGUGGUCAAGAAGGGCAAGAAAUACCUCCAUAGCUGGAUGAAAAUAGAUGUCAACAAGGAGGGAAAACAAGUCAAUGAAAACCUCUGCUUAAAAAAAGCUGGCCUGGGAGUGGAAGUUUCAGUCAGGAGCAUUAGAAACACGGCUUCGCCCCAAGUUCCCACUACUUUUCAUGCAGUUCCAUAUAGCCUGGAACACCUUAUUAGCAAUACCACAGAGGCCUUCACCAGAAGGACUACUGACAAGGACAGCCAAAACAGCAGCCAGAGGCAGCCCCCCAGUCUGCAGGCAACUGGAAGUGCAGAGACGUCGUGGGUUCCCUGGACUACUCGGCCCUUCUCCAGCACCACCCAACAGGUUGGACUGGGGGAGCCAGUAAGAUGUAACUUCACCGUGACGGAGUCCAGGGUCUUCAGCCGGUCUGCAUCUCUCCAAUGGAGAACUUUCGGGCCUCCCUGUAACUUUAGCCUCAUCUAUAGCAGUGACACGUCAAGGUUCGAGAGGUGCCACCCUAUGCAGAUAGACAACACCACCUAUGAAUGUAAACCCAAGGAUUUACAAGCGGGAACCAUCUAUAACUUCAGGAUUGUGUCUCUGGAUGGAGAAGAGAGAGUUGUGGUCUUGCAAACAGAUCCUCUACCUCCUGCUAGGUUUGAGGUCAAUAAAGACAAGACUACUUCAACCAGCUUGCAUGUUUGGUGGACGCCUUCUACUGGAAAAGUCACCUCUUAUGAGGUGCAGUUAUUUGAUGAUCACCAAAAGAUACAGGAGGCCCAAAUUCAAGAAAGUGCUUCAUGGAAGGAAUAUGCAUUUUUUAACCUUACUGCUGGGAAUAAAUACAAUAUUGCCAUCACAGCUAUUUCUGGAAAUAAACAUUCCUCUACAGUUCAUACCAAUGGAUCAACAGUGCCAUGCCCGGUGAAAGAUAUUGGUAUUUCAGCGAAAACGAAUUCUCUCCUGAUUUCCUGGUCCCAUGGUUCUGGGAAUGUGGAACGAUACCAGCUAAUGCUAAUGGAUAAAGGGACCCUAGUUCAUGGCAGUGUUGUGGACAAAUAUACUACUUCCUACACUUUUUAUGGGCUGACGCCUGGCCACCUGUACAACCUCACCAUUGUGACCGAGGCUGCAGGGCUGCAAAACCGCAAAUGGAAACCAGCCAGGACAACCCCCAUGGAAGUCUCAAAUCUGAAGGUGACAAAUGAUGGCACUUUGACCUCUCUAAAAGUCAAGUGGCAAAGACCUUCUGGAAAUGUGGAUUCCUACAAUAUUAUCCUAUCUCACCAAGGGACUGUCAAAGAAUCCAGAGUAUUAGCGCCCCAGGUGACUGAAACCCAUUUUGAAGACUUAACCCCUGGACGACUUUAUCAAAUCGCCAUCAGCUGUGUCUCUGGUGAAUUGUCUGCUCAGAAAAUGGCAGUGGGCAGAACAGUUCCAGACAAAGUUGGGAACCUGGAGGCAAACAGCAAUGGUUCACUCAGGUCCCUGGUGGUGAGCUGGUCGCCCCCUGCUGGAGACUGGGAACAGUAUCGCAUCCUGCUCUUCAAUGAUUCUUCCGUGCUGCUCAACAGCACCGUGGAAAAGGAAGAAACACACUAUGUCAUAAGGGACCUGGGGCUCACACCAGGAAGACAGUAUGAGGUAGAAGUCACUGUUGAAAGUGGAAAUCUGAAGAAUUCUAAGCGUUGCCAAGGCAGAACAGUCCCCCUGGCUGUCCUUCAGCUUCGUGUCAAACAUGCCAAUGAAACCUCACUGGGCAUCAUGUGGCAGACCCCUGUCGCAGAAUGGGAGAAAUAUAUCAUUUCUCUAGCUGACAGAGACCUCUUGCUCAUCCACAAGUCACUCCCCAAAGAUGCCAAAGAAUUCACUUUUACUGACCUGGUGCCUGGACGAAAAUACAUAGCUACAGUCACCAGUAUUAGUGGAGACUUAAAAAAUUCAUCUUCAAUGAAAGGAAGAACAGUGCCUGCCCAAGUGACUGGCUUGCAGGUGGCUAACCAAGGAACAACCAGCAGUCUGUUUACGACCUGGACCCCGGCACUGGGAGACAUAGAGUUCUACCAAGUCUUACUCAUCCAUGAAAAUGUGGUCAUCAAGAAUGAAAGUGUCUCCAGUGAGACCAGCAGAUACAGCUUCCACUCCCUCAAAUCAGGCAGCUUCUACUCGGUGGUGGUAACAACUGUAAGCGGAGGGAUCUCUUCCCGACAAGUGAUAGUGGAAGGAAGGACAGUCCCUUCCAGUGUGAGUGGAGUAACGGUGAACAAUUCUGGCCGUAAUGACUACCUCAGCGUAUCCUGGCUACCAGCUCCUGGAGAUGUGGAUAGCUAUGUAGUGACACUCUCUCAUGACAGCAAGGUGGUUCAGUUCCUGGUUAUUGCCAAGUCUGUCAGCGAAUGUUCCUUCAGCUCCCUCACCCCAGGCCGCCUCUACAAUGUGACCAUAACUACAAGGAGUGGCAAGUAUGAAAAUCAUUCCUUCAGCCAAGAGCGGACAGUGCCUGACAAGGUCCAAGGAGUCAGUAUUAGCAACUCGGCCAGAAGUGACUAUUUAAAGGUAUCCUGGGUGCAUGCCACUGGAGAUUUUGAUCACUAUGAAGUCACCAUUAAAAACAAAAACAACUUCAUUCAAACGAAAAGCAUUCCCAAGUCUGAAAAUGAGUGUAUAUUUGUUAAGCUAGUCCCUGGACGGUUGUACAGUGUCACUGUUAGUACAAAAAGUGGACAGUAUGAAGCCAGUGAACAAGGGAAUGGGAGAACAAUCCCAGAGCCCGUUAAGGAUCUAACAUUGCGGAAUAGGAGUACUGAGGACCUUCACGUGACUUGGUCACGAGCUGAUGGGGAUGUCGACCAGUAUGAGAUUCAACUGCUCUUCAAUGACAUGAAAGUAUUUCCUCCUUUUCACCUUGUAAAUACUGCAACCGAGUAUCGAUUCACCUCCCUCACACCGGGGCGUCAGUAUAAAAUUCUCGUCUUGACGAUCAGUGGAGAUGUCCAGCAGUCAGCCUUCAUUGAGGGCUUCACGGUUCCUAGUGCUGUCAAAAAUGUUCACAUUUCUCCUAAUGGGGCGACAGAUAGCCUGACGGUGAACUGGACUCCUGGAGGGGGAGAUGUUGAUUCCUACACGGUGUCAGCAUUCAGGCAGAAUCAAAAGGUUGAGUCUCAGACUAUCCCCAAGCACAUUUCCGAGCACACGUUCCACAGACUGGAGGCCGGGGAACAGUACCAGAUCGUGAUUGCCUCAGUCAGCGGGUCCCUGAAGAACCAGAUAGACGCGCUCGGGCGGACAGUCCCAGCAUCUGUCCAGGGAAUAGUUGCAGACAACGUAUACAGCAGUCAUUCCUUAAUAGUAAAUUGGCAAAAAGCUGUUGGCGUGGCAGAAAGAUACCAUAUCCUGCUGCUCAGCGAAAAUGGGAUCCUUCUGAGUAACACAUCGGAGCCAGCCUCCACUAAGCAGCACAAAUUUGAAGACCUAACCCCAGGAAAGAAAUACAAGAUACAGGUCCUGACUGUCAGUGGAGGCCUCUUCAGCAAGGAAGCCCAAACUGAAGGCCGAACAGUCCCAGCAGCUGUCACCAAUCUGAGGAUCACAGAAAACUCCACCAGACACCUGUCCUUCAGUUGGACCACCUCAGAGGGAGAGCUCAACUGGUACAACAUCUUUCUCUACAACCCAGAUCGAACUCUUCAGGAGAGAGCUCAAGUUGAUCCACAAAUCCAGAGCUUUUCUUUCCAGAAUUUGCUACAAGGCCGAAUGUACAAAAUGGUCAUUGUAACUCACAGUGGGGAGCUGUCUAAUGAGUCUUUCAUAUUUGGUAGAACAGUCCCAGCCUCUGUGAGUAACCUCAAGGGAUCCAAUCGGAACAUGACAGACAGUCUCUGGUUCGGCUGGAGCCCAGCCCCUGGGGACUUCGACUUUUAUGAGCUGAUUCUCUAUAACCCCAAUGGCACAGAGAAGGAAAACUGGAAAGACAAGGACCUGACAGAGUGGCGUUUUCAUGGCCUUGUUCCUGGAAGGAAGUACACACUGUGUGUGGUAACUCACAGUGGAGAUCUUAGCAACAAGGUCACAGGGGAGAGCAGAACAGCCCCAAGUCCACCCAGUCUUAUGUCAUUUGCCGAUGUUGCAAACACAUCCUUGGCCAUCACCUGGAAGGGUCCACCGGACUGGACAGACUACGAUGACUUUGAGCUGCAGUGGUUACCCAGAGAUGCCAUCACAGUCUUCAACCCCUACAGCAACAGAAAAUCAGAAGGACGCAUCGUGUAUGGCCUUCGUCCAGGGAGAUCCUAUCAAUUCAGUGUCAAGACUGUCAGUGGUGAUUCCUGGAAAACUUACAGCAGACCAAUUUCUGGAUCCGUGAGGACAAAACCAGACAAGAUACAAAACCUGCAUUGCCGGCCUCAGAACUCCACGGCCAUUGCCUGUUCUUGGAUCCCUCCUGAUUCUGAUUUUGACGGGUAUAACAUCGAAUGCCGGAAAAUGGACACUCAAGAAGUUGAGUUUUCCAAAAAGCUGGAGAAAGAAAAAUCUCUGCUCAAUAUUAUGAUGCUAGUGCCCCAUAAGAGGUACCUGGUGUCCAUCAAGGUGCAAUCGGCAGGCGUGACCAGUGAGGUGGUUGAAGACAGCACUAUCACAAUGAUAGACCGCCCUCCUCCUCCACCUCCACAUAUUCGCGUGAAUAAAAAGGAUGUGCUAAUUAGCAAAUCUUCCAUCAACUUUACUUUCAACUGCAGCUGGUUCAGCGACACCAAUGGAGCUGUGAAGUACUUCACAGUGGUAGUGAGAGAGGCUGAUGGCAGUGAUGAGCUGAAGCCAGAACAACAGCACCCUCUGCCCUCCUACCUGGAAUACAGACAGAAUGCCUCCAUUCGAGUGUACCAGACAGAUUAUUUUGCCAGCAAAUGUGCCGAGAGUCCUGACAGCAACUCCAAGAGUUUUAACAUUAAGCUUGGAGCAGAGAUGGAGAGCCUGGGUGGAAAAUGUGAUCCCAAUCAGCAAAAAUUCUGUGACGGACCGCUGAAGCCACGCACUGCUUACAGAAUCAGCAUUCGGGCUUUUACACAGCUAUUUGAUGAGGACCUGAAAGAAUUCCCAAAGCCACUCUAUUCAGACACAUUUUUCUCUUUGCCUAUCACCACUGAAUCAGAGCCUUUGUUCGGAGUAAUUGAAGGUGUGAGUGCUGGUCUGUUCUUAAUUGGCAUGCUGGUGGCUGUUGUUGCCUUAUUCAUCUGCAGACAGAAAGCGAGCCAUGGUCGCGAAAGGCCCUCUGCCCACCUGAGCAUCCGCCGGGAUCGACCAUUAUCUGUCCACUUGAACCUGGGCCAGAAAGGUAACCGGAAAACUUCUUGCCCAAUAAAAGUAAAUCAGUUUGAAGGGCACUUCAUGAAGCUGCAGGCUGACUCCAACUACCUUCUAUCCAAGGAGUAUGAGGACUUAAAAGACGUGGGUCGAAACCAAUCGUGUGACAUUGCACUCUUGCCGGAGAAUAGAGGGAAAAAUCGAUACAACAACAUAUUACCGUAUGAUGCCUCUCGAGUGAAGCUGUCCAAUGUGGAUGACGACCCGUGCUCCGACUACAUCAAUGCCAGCUACAUCCCUGGCAACAACUUCAGAAGAGAAUACAUUGCUACUCAGGGGCCUCUUCCUGGCACUAAGGAUGACUUCUGGAAAAUGGCGUGGGAACAGAACGUUCACAACAUUGUCAUGGUGACCCAGUGUGUCGAGAAGGGCCGAGUAAAGUGUGACCAUUACUGGCCAGCGGACCAGGAUUCUCUCUACUAUGGGGACCUCAUCCUGCAGAUGCUUUCGGAGUCCGUGCUGCCCGAGUGGACCAUCCGGGAGUUUAGGAUAUGCAGCGAGGAACAGCUAGAUGCACACAGACUCAUUCGCCACUUUCACUACACGGUGUGGCCAGACCAUGGAGUCCCAGAGACCACCCAGUCCCUGAUCCAGUUUGUGAGAACCGUCAGGGACUACAUCAACAGAACGCCCGGGGCCGGGCCCACCGUGGUGCAUUGCAGUGCCGGUGUGGGUAGGACCGGAACCUUCAUUGCAUUGGAUCGAAUCCUCCAGCAAUUAGACUCCAAAGACUCUGUGGAUAUUUAUGGAGCAGUGCACGACCUAAGACUUCACAGGAUUCACAUGGUCCAGACUGAGUGUCAAUAUGUAUACUUACAUCAGUGUGUAAGAGAUGUGCUCAGAGCAAGGAAGCUACGGAGUGAACAAGAAAACCCCUUGUUUCCAAUCUAUGAAAAUGUGAAUCCAGAGUAUCACAGAGAUGCGGGCUAUUCAAUGCAUUGAGAAUGUACCCGAACAUCUCCUGGAUAAAAGCUAUUCACUGUGUGAUUUAAAAAAAAAAAAAAAAAACUCGCUUCAUGCCCUAUAGAGGUGCCAGCUAUUUCUAUUGAUAGUAUGCAUAAUUUAUUAAUCUGGAGAAUUUAAAAGAAUUUAUGUAAUUUAAAGGUAACAGAUAUUAUUGUACAUAGUUGUAUUUUGUAGUUUCUUCUGUAAAUAUGUAUUUUUUCAUAAUGUUUAAUAUUAAGCUUUAUAUAAUACUAUUUUUCCACACUAAAGUGUUCCUGGGUUGUUCUACAUGAACAAAUUCAGCCUGUAUGACAGGACUACGUAAAUGUGUAUGGAGGGGGUUGCAGAGUCAAUCCCAGGGGCCGUGUUUUUUACCACUGUUCAUGAUAACUGGACAGGAUAAAGGGCAGGGCUGGAGAGAGCAUAUAGUAUGGCUGGCUUUGCUGCAUUUCUGUCCAUUGAAUCUUGGGAUCCAAAGAUGAUCCAAACGCUAUUUGGACAAAUAUAGCAGUCAAGAAAAGGCUUGGAAAGAGUGGAAGAGGUAAAGCAGGACCAAGCUGAAGGAUGUGGUUGUGCCAAAACUGGUUCCUCUCCCCUUUCUCCGGCCAGAGGUGCAAGCGAAGUGGCUAGCGUAGGGGCCGUGUAACUUGCAGUGCACGUCCAGGCUGCAGGGUUGACGGUUCUGGUAAAGAAGGAUCCAAACAGAAGUGAUGAAUUCCUUACGUCAAGAAGAAUGCUACCUGUACCUCUGAUUGGAAACAUCAUCAACUUGCAAAGCCCCAUCCAUCGUGAUGGAUUAUUUCAGUGAGGAGUGUGAACACGUACCCUUCCUGUAAUGGAUCGAUGUGCCCGCACGCGUCUUUGUCUCAUUGCUGGUGGGCUGCAUCCCUGGAAAAGUCAAAAUUAUGCCAGUCAUACUUGGUUUUCCCAUUAAAAGGAGAUUGUGGUGGCAGAUUAUACUCCUGACCAAAGGACCCAGUAUCAACUUUUUUAGAGAAAUGUCCACAAACAUCAUAUAUCGUUACUUUUAAACAAUAAUAAACAACAAAACCCAAAACUCAGCGGUGCUCAGUAUGAAAUUUUCCAAAAGACUCUCUUAGUAAAUCACUGAGGUCAGAAUAUCAAGUAGCCACCGUAAGUUACAUUUGAUGUAAGAGGCACUACAUACUCUACCAAGUUUAUCUUUAGUAUUUGUGCCUAUUUUGACUCUAAUAAAUUUCAGUGAGUUAGAAAGUCGCCAUCGACCCCAUCAAGGUCCAGUUCUGAGAUCUGAUAAGUUAAAAGGUAUCUGGAUGGAAUCCUCCUGACUAACCAAGAAAUGAUCCAGGAAAAUUGGCCCUUUUCUCCCAUAAAUUUCUCUGUAAGAAACUUAAGAAUUAGAGAUCAAGUCUGUUGAUCUCAUAGCUUCAUUGCAAAAGGAGCAUAUUUCUUUUCAAAGUAUAUAUUUUUGCUAUAUACCAUAAAGUCUCAUAAAUAACAUAAUGGGUAUAAUUGGUUGGCAUAGUAAUUGAAAAUCAUUAAAUAUAUCCAAAAUAGUUAUUUACUUAUGUAAAGCCACACCCGAACCGGAAAUGUUUCCAGGGCUAUUUGAAGUGUAUAAAAAACAGGGAAAAAACUGUAUAAGAAUGAAUGUGAAGAGUAAUAAGAGGAUUCCAAGUUUUCAGUUUCAUUGUGUUCAACGCCCCUGUGAAAUGACAGUAUCAGCCUUUGAUUCUGCUUCAGGGAACUAGGUGGAUCUUCUAAGGAUGAAAGAAACAAGGUAUAUGUACGUGUUGCAGAUGUACAAACAGGGAGAAAACAGACGUCAGAGAUUUAUGAGAUGUAGUGUCUAUUAGGAAUAACUUUCUCUACAUUAAAAGGUAAAAGCAAGAGAAAAAUAAAACAGAAUUCUUAACUAACAUUGCUCAGUGCAAAGCACAUUAUUAAUACAUGGAAAGGAAAAUUCACUUUGGCUUUUUAUUCACUCAGAAAACUUUUAGUAAGUGCCUGCAACCUACUAGGCAGUGUCCUAGAAACUCUACAUUUCUACUCACCUAAACAGAAUGCAUCACAAUAACAAAGUUAGGGUUGUUACUAUUUUCAGGUAAGCUUGAAAGAGGGCCUGUUAUGCAGCUCGACAACCAAACCAGUCCAGGGCAGCUGGCAGCCUUCUCCAGGCCCCACUGGCAAGUGCUGAUGCUGUUUCCCCAGCAAGCCACUGGAUCUAGAAGAGAGAAUAAUUAAUUGUACAAACCAGGAAUUAAAACCAUAAAAACCUGCACAUCUGUAACAGUAAAUAACACUCACAUAGUCUGGUGUGUCCGGGGCGGAAUCAGAGUUAUGGAAAUGGACAUCACAAGGGAAAACUGUAUGUUCUUUUGGUCUAAUCCAGGAAAUAUUUAUUCUUACCCUCCACCUAUCUAAUUUUAAAUCUCCUUAGCAACAAAUAUUUCACUAUCUUCCCUCCCACCGCCACCAAAGACUACAUAUGUAACCUAGUGGAUCUAUUUAUUAAAUUUAGGAGGGGGGAAAGAUUUCUUUGACAUUCAGCUCAAUUGGAUGUAUUUAAUUUAAUCCCAUCACGUGCUCUAUCUUGGUAAACACUCCAUUUCCUGUCGUGGUGAGCAUCCUGUCUGUGCACCUGUGCAGUACAGUUUAAUCAUCCGUCUUUAAAGUGCUUUGGAGCUAUUGAAUCUUGGGAGAUGCCCGUCUUGCAUCUUAAAAAUUAUUUACCCAAGUUCUUUAUAAUUAACUCAUUUAAUCUCUGCUCAUUAAGUCAAUUUCAUGUUAUCAUUCUGUUGUUCUCUGGAUAGCAGCCAAUUUUUCAGCUCUUGAAUCUGAUUUUUCUAAGACUCAUUGCCCUGUCUGGGCCCGCACAGAUUUGUCCUGAGUAAUUUACCAUUCCCUUAACGAUUCUGAGUUCCUCGUUUUCACUACUUGUCCUCUUCUCCCUUUUGAAUAUGUUUGCUUUCCUGGUCAAAUGUGAUUUUGUUUUCCGUUCAUCUUAUCUCCUCCUAUCCAUUAGUAUUUCAUAGCCUUUUUAAGCUCCACCUUGUAGAAGAAAUGACCAUGAUUUCACUUUUAAAUACUAAAAUGACCCCUGCACACAGACACUUGGGGGAGGGGUCAGUUUUAUUUGGGAGUGUCUUUAAUUACUUUUGUUAUGACCUUUUGGAAGACAACCCAAAAUGACAUGUGAAAAUAAUGUGAUACCACUAAGCGUAUGUCCAACAACACAAAAAUAGGCCUCACAUGUUACACUUCACAGUCUGAUUUUCUUUCCUUGGUGUCUCAGGAACCAAUUUCAUAUAUUAAACAUUCUUCUUACCUUUUGCAAGAAACUUAUUGGCCGUAUACUAAAUUUGCCUUCACUUGACUUUCCUGGGUCCUUGAGGUUGGAAUCCUGAAAUCAUAAACCUACCAGAUCUGUAUGACAGUGAAUGGUAAGAUCUGAGUCCCAACUCUGGGACGCUCCAGAGUGAAGUUCACACAUACGAGCCAGACCAAACUUGACCUGGUGAAAAACAAUAGGUAAUAUUUUUUUGAGGUAGCAAUUCAAGGACUUUCCAGGUUCCAUUUCAUUGAGGAAAUGAAAGUAAUUGAUCAGCCAGGAUAAAUUGGCAAGAAGGAAUGGUUGAUCUCCUCCCCUCCCUCCCGGAGCUGUGAGCAAGUCCUCAACCCUCCCCCAUUCCUACCAAGUCAGAGUGGAAAAGGCCUAUCAGCCCUAAUGCCCUAAGUUUCUGAGUAUUUUCAACUCUAGAUUGCAAAUUACAUCAAGUAUCCAAAGAAUGUUUCACAUCAAAGGAAAAUCCGUAAACCAUGACUGCUGAAAGCAAGUGAAAUGAUGCAGAUAAGGGAAAAUAUUUGAAAAGGCGAUCUAACCAGAUGUCAUCAGGAAAAGAAAAUGACAUCCUUUCCAUGUGUCCAGACUGUCCUUUGAAAAUGUUAUGUUUCUAUUAGGACCUUUCAUCCUUUUGAGGUUUCACUGUGAUCACUGGCCAGAUGAUUUAGCUGAUUAAGCAAUUGAAUUGAUUCAUUUAGUUUUGUAAAUUGACUAGGUGUUUGACUAAAUUGACUGAGUUUGGAGUUCUGAACACAUGACCUUAGAUUCUUGUGGUGGAUGAUGCCUUUGAGAAUAUUUGGCCAUUUUAGUUAAAAUGCAGAGUAUCAUUUGAUGCAGCCAGGAUAAUAGCAAAAAUCUGUGCCGUUCUAAAAAUGUUACUAGUAAUGGAAAUAUUUCUGACUAAAAGAAUAUUCUUGGCUGGUAGGGAGGCUCCCUAGGAAUAAAUGUAUACUAUAAAAAUUAUUUUUUUAAAGGUUGUCUAUAUAGAUACAUUCAUAAAAUAAGGAAAUUGUUGGUGAAUGCUCCUAAAAUAGAGGCUUAUGUAAUGGAAAUAAAAGAAAUCUAUUAACAGGUUUGCCAAACAUUAUUUUUAUAACCUAUAUGCCAAUGUACAUGAUCUUAUAUAACAAAAUAAGUUGUUCAAAACUGUGAAUAAUGUCAGACAAAUGUAAUGUGUCCUUUCUAGAAUAUUCACAAGAAAGGUUAGUUAUGGCUGUUUUCUGCCUUAUGUAAUUUCUUUUAAGAAAUACUAUCUUCACCCUAAGAGUAAGCUUUGUGUUAUGUUUCAGAUACUGUAUUUUAAUAACCGAGUAAGUAGAUAAGCAUCCCAACAAGAAAGGAGCAUAUGCAAUUGUGGCUUUAGGAGUUUACAGUAGAGUUGGACAGAGUUCUGCAAGCUAGGGGGAGAGUCUGCAGUGGCCUUCAUGAAAUUUCCUAGUCUCAGCCAUACUGACACUCGGGUGCACGAAUGUUCUUAUCUGAAGAGUUCUUGAUCUGUGGUCUUCCAGCGGGACUCAUCAGGCUUAUAAAUUCUGCAACGACAAGGCCUAAGUCUUUAAUCUCUUCUCUCCUCCUACCUUGUAGAAAUUAGUGCACAACUCAUAGAUAUUCAACAUACACUUUUGGAGUGGAAGUUGCUCCUGGCCUGAUACUUUGGAUGGUAGGUUGUCAGUGUCUAAUAACGCUAUUGUCCAUGAAGGUUCAGCUGAUGGUUCUUUGAUUUGUGUGAAGCUUAAAUAAAUAAUGUAAA